AUGUCUACCAAGAAAAGAACGAAUGUCCGUCAGAGAAACUUUCUUGAUGACAGGUUUCGAAUGGAAGCAUUAACACACAAGUCUUAUCAUUAUGAAAACCCCUCGACUGGACCUCAUAACGAACGUUUGGAAUUCUUGGGGGACUCGAUCGUCUCCUUCGUUGUUGCAAACUAUUUAUUUAACCGUUUUCCUAAUUUCAAAGAGGGACAGCUCACCCUUUUACGAGCUAAUUUGGUCUGUAAAAAAAAAUUGGCCCAAUUUGCUCUUCAACUUGGUUUGAACUCCGAGAUUCGUUUAGGAGUUGGAGCAUUACGCGAUGGUGGCAGAGGCAGUGAAAAAGUUUUAGAAGAUGCUUUUGAAGCAUAUAUUGGAGCCGUAUUUCUUGAUUCAGGAUAUAGCAUGGAUGCGGUACGAGAUUUUAUGGAGCCUUUGCUAGCCCCAGCUGUUGAUGAAUUGAUUCGUAGUUCUCCUCACUCGUCAGUUUUUCCUGCCGUGUUCAAACAAAAAUUACAUGAGCAUAAUAAUGCACAAUUCCAAAUGAUCGCGGACCAAAUUUUAAAUUCCGACCUUCAAGAUCCAAUUAAUAAACUUCAAACUUGGUCUCAAAGAAGAGGAAUGGGAAUUCCAGCUUAUAAACCCUACGGUGACAAUUGUAAUGAACAUAACGCUGUCUUUACCGUUGGUGUACUUAUUAAUGGCAAAUGUUAUGGUCGUGGUUCUGCAAGAAAUAAAAAGGAUGCAAAAAAAGAAGCCGCAAUAAACGCUCUUAAACAUGUUACUACUGGACAAAAUGACGAACUUAGCUCUUUUAGAAAUAUCAGUCGUUUAUCUAUGACGAACAGAAUUCAUGGUCCAGUUUCUAAAGGAUUACGAUCCAACUAA